GGGAGCGCGCCCGUCCCUGGAGCCGCAGUCAGUCCUGCCGCGCGCCGCGAGGACGAGCUCGGCCCGGAGCCCGCGGCUGAGACCCCGGAAGGCUGCGCUCAGCUGGGACCCGCGCCACGCGUGUUCGCGCCUAGACGUCUCACGGGCCCAGUAGGGCACGGUCGGACCCGGCGCCUUCGGCCUGGCAGCGGCGGCGCAGCUCGCUGCUGAAGAGCCCGUCAGUGCAGGAUGGGAAACCACGUGGGAAAGCGAGAGCUAGGUGCCGAGAAAGGCCAUAAGAAUGGUGAAACUAACAGAAGAGAAUCUGAGGUGAAGAGGAACCUUGGUGAACUCUCCGAAGACAAUGAUGUAUUUGGAGAGGCAGAUGCGAACCAGAACAAUGGGACCUCGUCUGAGGACACGGCGGUGACAGACUCCAAGCGCACAGUGGACCCAAAGAAUGCCUGGCAGGACGCCCACCCAGCUGACCCAAGGAGCCGCCCCCACUUGAUCCGCCUCUUUUCCCGAGAUGCCCCGGGGAGGGAGGACAACACCUUCAAAGACAGGCCCUCUGAGUCCGACGAGCUCCAGACCAUCCAAGAAGACACUGCAGCAACUUCCGAGGGCCUGGAUGUGAUGGCGUCACAGAAGAGACCCUCCCAGAGGCACGGAUCCAAGUACCUGGCCACAGCAAGUACCAUGGACCAUGCCAGGCAUGGCUUCCUCCCGAGGCACAGAGACACGGGCAUCCUUGACUCCAUCGGGCGCUUCUUUAGCAGUGACAGGGCUGCGCCCAAGCGGGGCUCCAGCAAGGUACCCUGGCUAAAGCAGAGCAGGAGCCCUCUGCCCUCUCAUGCCCGCAGCCAGCCUGGGCUAUGCAACAUGUACAAGGACUCACAUCACGCAGCAAGAGCGACCCACUAUGGCUCCCUGCCCCAGAAGUCGCAGCACGGCCGAUCCCAAGAUGAAAACCCUGUAGUCCACUUCUUCAAGAACAUUGUGACACCUCGCACGCCUCCCCCAUCUCAAGGAAAGGGAAGAGGACUGUCCCUCAGCAGAUUCAGCUGGGGGGCCGAGGGGCAGAAACCAGGAUUUGGCUACGGAGGCCGAGCUUCCGACUAUAAAUCCAAAGGAUUCAAGGGGGCCCAUGAUGCCCAGGGCACGCUUUCCAAAAUCUUUAAACUGGGAGGAAGAGACAGCCGCUCUGGAUCUCCCAUGGCAAGACGCUGAACCUCUGCCUGUUCCUUACCGAGUUUUGUCCUCAGCUUCUUAACCUAAUUGCCUUAAACUUUAAUUCCACUUGUAUCGAUUAGCUAGCUAGCGCAGAUCACCUGUCACCUAAUCCUGCCGAGUUGUGUGCACAGUGGGCCAGGCACAUAGCAACCUACGGCAAUUUCCAGCCAACCGUUAAAUAGAGAAGAUGAAGACAAACCUGGUGAAAACUGCCAUCUCCGAUGAGGACGGAGUUCCCUGGCCGGCCCCGCCCUCUCCGUGCCCAGUGCACCGCAGUCAGUUCUCCACAGGCCCCAGGGCACCGACCCCCUCCCAGCUCACCUCCGUCCAUCCUCAGACUUGGUUUUCACCCUUGCGGGGCACCCCGAGCUUUUGCCGAUACUGCCAUUGAGGCACCCCAGCGUGGAACCAGAGAACGCGGGCGUGGGGCGACUGUUAUGAUCCAGGCUUCCUUUGUUUUCUUUUCCCGCCAUUCUCACCUCCUAGAGUACAUUUUAUUUUUCCUAACAGGAUUAGACAGUCAAGGAGUGGCUUCGACAUGAAGGAAUUUUCGGUAUGUGGAUGUGGGCAGGGCAGCUGUGAGAGUCCAGUGUGGGGCAGCACAGAGGGGGCUCCAGGCCGGCUACCCCACACUCCACCAGCUGAAUUGGAGUGUGGCAGAGGGAGGGAAAGGAGGCAAAUGGGCUGGGCGAUGGCCCCAGUGGGAAACGCGGACUGUGGGCAAUUAAGAUGCUGAAGAUGUAGCAGGUGUGGCCUCCGGAUGGCACUGUCGCUCUGCACAGUGGCCACCAGAACAGCCACCAUCAAGAAUCCCGUUUCCCCACCAAAGCCCAGGCGGAGAGUCCAGGGAGAUGGUGCAUCUCAGAGUGGGACUGCAGGAGUUCUCUGGGUGUCCUCACAGUGUCAUCUGGUCACUUCUUGAUGUUGGGUGUGACCAUCUGUAGCUCACAAUGGCAGUGUUUAUUGGCACACACUAACAAGCAAUGACAAGAUAACUUCCUGUCCUACAAAGGACCCCCUUAGUGGAUGACCUUGGAGUGCUCCUCCUUGAGUCACUAAUGAAGACACGGGGCUGCAGGAAGCCUCUGAAUGGAACCUCUGCUGACUUCUGCUGACCCGUGUCUCCCGCUAACCCAUUGACCCCGCCCUUUGAUUUAGCAUCCUGAGACUCUCAUCCUGGCACUGUUCUCCCUUAGAACAAAGAAACAGAGUAAAUAGUCUAUGUAAUGCCAGAAUGCAUCUUUUUAAUCCCGUUCUAAUUCCAAAUGUUUAGUGUGGGUUUAAAGUAAUACCUAUUAAUAUAUUAGAAGAAGGGAACAAAAUUCUGGAAAUAAACCCUCCAAAUUUUCAAAUGAGCACUCACCCUCUCUGCACUGAGGUCGGCUGAGUGAAUCCACCCAUGGCUACGUCCAGGCAGCAGGGGCUGCAAAAUGGCCACGGGCCCAUGUACUGUUCUUGAAUA